GCACACUCUAACUAGGGAAAGGACACGAUAUUGAUUUGAAAAAUGAUCCAUGAAGCACCGUUACAGAUGAUCUGAUUGUGAUUUUUUAGGGAACAGAAAUCUUUGUUCAUGUUAGAAGUUGAUGUAUGUCGUGCCGCGAGUCUCGUUUCGGUUGGCCACCCGGCGCGGUAGGAGCGUCGUUGUUGCUGGUGCCGGAGCCUGCGCAGCUUACUGGACGCUUUCGGAUCGAGACAAUGACCGGAGGAGAAGAAUACAGGAUAAAGCGACAAACGUUGAGCAGAACCAGAAAGGACGCACAGUUCAUCAGGUGGUUACGUGCGAGGCACCAAGACCACAGGAUGACUGUUGGCAGCAGCCUGCAGAAAAAGAGAAUAGCGCCUGGUCGAGCAAGAGGGGCACUUGUGAGUUGGAGACUACUACGGGUGAAGCACGGGAAGAGAGCGUGUCGUCAUCGUUUCGAGGAACAAGAGCUAGCAGAAAAGAGGACUGUUAUAGCAACGCUCCGACUGGAGGUUCGUGCGCUGACAUCCAACCGCCCCGCGAGAAUGGCCGCGCCGACAGAGACGAGGCAAUACCCUCAGAUUCAUCAUCGGGAGGCGGGAAGACAACGUCAGAAGGCGCUGCCCAAGGCGAAAAGGUGGAGGGCGAUGACCAGAGAAUUCCUGGAGCCAAGAAUCCGACGACGGCCAGGAAAGUUGGUUUCAAAACAGCGAACGACCGUGAUAGAGAGUACGAGCAAGAAGAAGGGGAGGCAGAAGCCUGCAGCUCCAGCAGAGGGUCCUGCGGUGCCAGUCGCCGACGGCCUGUCUUUGCCGAGGAGCAUAAGGCGAGCGAUUUAGCGAAGAAUGAUGCCAAAGGUAAGCCGAUUGGACCGUCGUCUGUGCGGGUAGCCGCCGGUUCAUCUCGAAGUCCGGCUGGGCAGUUGCAAGAGCCCUCCUGCAGUUUUGGUCCUGCGCGUGUGCUAAGCAAACUCGUUGCCCUCGCGCGUCGUCUCUUUAGAAUGGGGUGGCGCUGCAUGCGCAUCGGCUGGCAUUUUUCUCCGCUGCUAGCCUUGUCAGCGCCAUCAGCAGUUUGUUGGCGUUUUUCGGCGCGCAUGCGAGGAGCGUGGUUUGCCUGCCUUUUGCGGUGUAUCGAGCGAUGUGGCCCUGCCUUUAUCAAAUUCGCUCAGUGGGCGGCAACCCGCCCAGACUUGUUUCCUGACACGCUUUGUCUACAUUUAUCGGACCUGCACAGCUUUUGCACGCCGCAUUGUAAGGAGGCCAGUGUGGCGGUGCUAGAACGCACUUUCGGCCCACAACACGAGAGCAUAUUGAAGCUGGAUAUUGAUGUAUGAGAACAAAUUAUAAAGCUUCGCUUGGACUCCCUUGGUAGUUUCUCUUUCUGUGAACCCGUUGCGUCUCUCUUUCUGUAAACCUGUUGGUCUGGUUCAGGUUCUUCUACAUAGAUUAUAUAUAUAUCUUGAUAUCUGGGACUGGGUACUCGUAAUCUUUGAGCUUUUAGUUCUUUCAUUUCACGGUAUACCAGUCGGUUCUGGGUGCAUCGCGCAGGUGCAUCGCGGGGUGUGGUACGGGGCCGCUAGUGGCCCGCGACGGGUUGCCGUGAAGAUUCUCCAUCCUGGUGUUCGAGAGGUGAUCAAUUCCGAUCUCGAAAUUUUGUCGUUUUUAGCUGUAAACAUCGAGUAUUACCUGCCUUUUACGCGCUUCAUGGUGCUCACGGAGGCUGUCAAUCAGUUUUCGGAAAUUCUUUACGGGCAGACGGAUUUAUGCCUGGAAGCGGAAAACACAAAAAGUUUUGCUCGAAACUUCGCUGAUAUGAAAGGCGUCCGCUUUCCGGAGAUUCUGUUUGCACAGAGUGAUAUGCUAGUGGAGAGUUUCGAAGACGGAUUGCCGAUGCAGCAUCUACUACGAGGCUGGGAGCGGCACGAUUUGAGGGAAGAUGCCUUUCGAGCCGACUCGAUACGGAAGAGGACAGGUGGAAGUAAAUGGGGACUCGGGAAUCUUUUUGGUAAACGAAAUGACGAUGACAGACAACAAGAGAAGUCAUCUUCUUCAAUCGAGGAAAUCCGCCACGGGGGUACGCCUGACUCUGCGGGAAGGCCGCGUGGUGGCAAUGAUAUUGCGGAAAAUCGACAUGUUGGAGAGGCCGAAGGAGACGAUGACGAAGAUGAAGUCGGAGGUGUGCGUUUGAGUCGGAAGGCUUCUGCAGGACGAUGGCUCAAUUUGUUCGAAUGGCAAGAGAAAGCGGGAGGACAUGGAUCACCGACAACAUCCGCGGGUCUAUCGACGGUCGAUGGUAGUACACCGCGCAGUCGAUCGACUUCUGGUAGAUCGUCAAAAGUUUCAUCAGUAGAAAACCCUAGUCCUAGUUCUCACAGAAGUUCGCAUAGUGCAUCUGCAUCUUCGACUUCGCCGCAUUCCUCUACGCACUCUGAGAGCAGAACCGUGUCCAAGACAGUUUUACGGCGGAAGAGUGGAUAUCCACCGGAAUUUUUGCAGAAGCUCUCUUCACUAGCAAUGAAAGCGUAUCUGAAGAUGCUCUUCCACGAUCGAUUCGUUCAUGCAGAUCUGCAUCCUGGAAACAUGUUUUUCAAGAUUUCUCCUGAGGGCGAUCCGGAGUUGAUAUAUCUUGACUGCGGCUUAGCGAUUUCUUUGAGCGAGAAAGACUCAACAGAUUUCAACGACUGCGUCUACGCGCUUCUACACGGAAAACCAGAGGACGCAGCACACCUCAUCAUCAAAAGAUCGCCAGGAGACAAAAAAUUAGUACUUAGUUCUUAUCGUUUUACGCUCCCUCGGGAUCUGUAAUUUAUUAGUCAUUUUUCAUGAAUCCAUUGGACGUUUUUUGACGACUGAACCUUCUCUAUUUUUCCAACAUUCAAUGAUUCACGAUGAAUCUCAAUACUCUGUACUGAAACUACUCUCACAACCAGGUCCGCGAUGAAGACGGUUUCGCACGUAAAGUGGGUGUCUUAAUCGAGGAUUUCCGCGACAGGAAGAGUCGAAUGCAUGUUGCACAUGUAACGGGAAAGCUAUUACUCUACGCAGGUCAGCACAACGUAACUCUGGAGAGUAGCUUUGUGAAUGUCGCUUUGAGCCUAGCAGUGAUGGACGGAUUGGGAAGGCAGCUGCAGGAGGACUUCAAUGUGUUUCGGGCAGCGACACCUUUCUUAGCGGAAGCUGCGGUGCGCUAUGCGACUGGAUACAAAUGAAGACUGUUUUUUUUGAAGCUGCACUUCGACUAGUUAUAGAUACAAAAGCAAGAGAACUUCACCGUGAAACUCCAUUUCGGACACCAUUGAUUGUAAAAUAUUCUAAUCCUUUUUACCAUGCGCAUACCUCAUCAUUGACCAUCAGUCUAGACAGUUUUAGGUUUUUUUAUUUCAAAUGCACGAAUUGUAACUUUGGCUGAUUGUCGUGCGGUGCACUGACGGCAGCGGACAAGAAUAUUUUUUUCAUCUAAAAAUGUCUAAAUAGUUUCAUCUAUUUCAGGGCUCUGCUUCGGCUGGUAACAGGCGACUCCGAUAGCUCUUUUGGACUUGAUAGCUGUCCCCAGCGGAUACAAUGUCAGACAAAACUCUUCUCGAGUGAU